UUUUGCUCUCGUUAGGAAUUGUCUGCACAGGGGAAUUUCUGCAAGGGACCUUGGGUAUUUCUAUGGGGGUGUGGGUCUCAUUGUGUACUGCCCCCGACGGGUAUCUCCCGAGAACACCGUAUAAAUAAGAGGUGGCGUGCAGAACCAACUCUAACUUGGAAACUUCUACCUGUCUGAACCACCUGAAGUAAAUCAUCACUCAGAGUUUUGGCACCCGUUCUGAAUAUCGAUCGCAUACAAUGGCUCCAGCUCUAUUUUGGAUUUUAUUUUUUCCAGCAACUGUCUUUUCGUUUGUGGUCGAGGUGUCCCCAAAAAAUGCCAUGUUCAGAGUCGGAGACCAAGAGGAGGUGAGGUGUACCAUGAAGGACUGCGCGCACACUCCCGAGUUCUCCUGGAGAGCUUUGGAGGACAGGCCGAUGUACGUGAAAACCACAACUCGCGGCUCAGAGUCAGUCCUUACCUACGAGUCGGUUAAAAGAGAUCACGAGAACCGUCUGAUAUGCACAGCUUCAUGCGGGGGAGACUCGAAACAGAAACAAGCCACGGUGAAGGUGUACUCGUUUCCUGAAGCCCCGGUGAUAUCGGGCCAUGAGCGUCUGGUCCUGGGCAAGGACGCCACGCUGAGCUGUAAGGUGCUGGACGUGUACCCGGGGCAGGAAACGGAGCUAGAGUGGCGGGAUGAGAGCGGUGUGUUAGAAACUCACAGGGGCACUGAGAGCAUGCGCACCUUGGAGUUAAAUGUCACCGUCACCCCCACGCGUGAGGGCCGCAACAUCACCUGCAGAGCAUUGCAUCACAUGCGGGGCGUCCCUGCUGAAAGGAGCUCCAUCCAGACCACUGUGACCCUGUCUGUGCCCUAUGCUCCGAUUGAGGUGCAACUGUCAGGGUCUGAUGAGGUGGAGGUGGGGGCUACACUCACCCUCAGGUGCUCAGCGGUGGGAAAGCCCCUUCCCCAGGUACAGUGGCGUGGCCCUCAGUCCGCCGGGCAGUGGCUGCAGGAUGAGGGGGGCUUGGAGCUGGUGGUCCACAACGUCACCCACGCCAAUGCUGGGCAGUACGAGUGCCAGGCCAGCAACUUCCUGGGCCAAUCGAAGACCAGCCUCUUCGUGAUCGUUCAGGGCCCCCCCAGGAAUACGUCCCUCACACUGAGCCCCCGCCACCCCAUCAGGGAGGGGGAGUCUGUGACCCUCUCCUGCAGGACGGUCAGUGUUCCCGUGGGGGAGGUUCGUCUGCUGCAUGACUCCAAGGGGAAGAUGACUAAGAUGCUGUCCGUAAAGGGGAGCGAGAUCAACUUCACCCUACCUGCGGCUCAGCUCAACCAGUCUGGACUCUACCGCUGUGAGGCCUCCAACGACUACGGCAAUCAGACCAACAGCACCCAGCUCACCGUCACAGCUUACCCUCUGCAGGUGGAGCUCCUACCAGUGGGUGUGGUCACAGCAGAGAUAGGCUCCACCCUGUCCCUCACUUGUCAGGCUUCGGGGUGCCCCCUCCCCCAGCUGUCCUGGGGAGCCCCAUCGACCGAGGGGGUGCUGAGGGGGAACUACACCGAGGGCCCCCGUUCUGAGUUGAGCCUGAAGGUGAACGACCCCGCGCAGGAGGGCGUGUAUACCUGCCACGCCCGCUGCGGCUCCAUCACCGCCUCCCGGCAGACGCGGGUGAACCUGUUCUCCUUCCCUAGUGUUCCCAUCAUUGAGCGCUCUGGAUCCCAGCUGGAGGGGGGAGUCUCCACCUUCGAGUGUGCGGUGACUGACGUGUACCCCCUUGAGUCCUUCCGCAUCCUCUGGCUGUAUGGAGAAGAAGAGCUGCCCCAGCAGACCCCCCCUGAGACAACCCUCACCCCCGCCCCCACCCUCACUGCCACCCUUGUGUCCAGCGUUUCCAUGGUGAUGAAGUUGUCUCACUUGGGCCACCCACUCACCUGUCAGGUGGAGCUGCAGAUGGAGGGCGUCCCCAGUGGGCAGAGGCGGCGCUCAGCCGUCACCCACAUAGACGUGCACCACCCCCCCAGGAACACGUCCCUCACGCUGAGCCCCCGCCACCCCAUCAGGGAGGGGGAGUCUGUGGCGCUCUAUUGCAGGACGGUCAGCGUUCCCGUGGGGGAGGUUCGUCUGCUGCAUGACUCCGAGGAGGGAGUGAUGGAGCUGCUGUCCGUAAAGGGGAGCGAGAUCAACUUCACCCUGCCUGCGGCUCAGCUCAACCAGUCUGGACUCUACCGCUGUGAGGCCUCCAACCCCUACGGCAAACAGAACAACAGCACCCAGCUCACCGUCACAGCCCCGCCCAGGAACACGACGGUGGAGGUGUUACCUUCCCAACGGGUGAUGGAGGGGGAGAACGUCACCAUCUGCUGCCGAUCCAUCAGCUUCCCCCCUCCCAUCGUCACCCUCACCAAACUGGGCAACGGCACCGAGAUCUCCUCCUGGAGCGGAACCUUCCUACUCACCAACCUCACACCCAGCGACGCCGGAGACUACCAGGUCAACUUCACCAACGACCUGGGCAACAACACCCAGGUUUUCACCAUCAGCGUGAUGGAGAGGAGAUUAACACCCUCUAGGAACUGGGAGGAGUUGUUGAUCCCCGCCGUUGUCAUGGGAACCACACUGGCCUUCGCUGCUCUGCUGCUGGACUACGUUUUCCGGGCCAGAAGGAAAGGCUCCUAUGAGCUGGCCAAGUGCAACCCCAGCACAGCCUGAACACUCCCCUCAUGAACACUCAGAGCUCUACAACCCCAGCGCUUCCUGAACACUCCCCUCAUGAACUCUCAGAGCUCUACAACCCCAGCACUGCCUGAACACUCCCCUCUGUCUGUUUUAAGUGAGUUCAUGUACCCUCAUAAAGACUGAGUGAAUGCAGAUGGACCACAUCCUCACUGUGUUCAUGUCAUGCAGCAGCACGAACACUCCCCUCUCACCCCUAUAAACACUCAUGGCUCUUCAACCCCAGCUCAGCCCAAACACUGCCCUGCCAGAGGUGCCCAUCGGUCUGGCUGUCUGAAGGAAACCCCUCAAGCUGUGGGGCCAUUGCCGUGUCUGCUUUACAGAUUGUAUACAUGGGUCUCUGUACUCUAUAUGUGCGUGAGUGUACAUACGGUAUAUAUCUGUAUAUACUGUAUAUGACUGACUGUGAGUGUGAUAGUGUGUGUAAGAUAUAUACUCUAUGCUGGUGUCAUUAGGCAGCUUCUAAGCAGUUUUUGAGUCAGUGCUGGAUUUUAUUUUCAUUUCAAUCAAACAGAAUCGCACAGUCUGACAUUUUCACUUGUUACCAUGACAAACGGUAAACCUGCAGCUUUUAGUCCGGCGAAAUACUUAUGGCACAUUUCCACUAUGGGGUGAAACCCCAAUGUCUGGGGAAAAGCCUCUGACUGUUUUGUUUCCAUCUCUAUGGCUGGACUGGGACCAUGGCCAAAACGGCCUCAGGUCGGUCCUGGAGUGGAGCAGAACUGGAUUGGGGCAGGAUUAGUCUCAGACGCGUACAGGUGUAGAAUGGACUGGGGCAGGAUUAGUCUCAGAAUGGUACAGAUGUGCACUGGACUAGGCCAGGACUAGUCUCAGACGCAUACAGAUGUAUGCAGUGACGUCAUGACAUGGCUCUAUGGUGGCCCUCUACCCUGUUGAAAAUCAAACCAGUUCUUAGAAGGUGACUCAACGCACCAGCUCAGAAAGAACCUAGUUUGCGUUGGUGGUAAGGGAGUAGAUGUGGCCCUGAUCUGGCCCUGAUCUGGCCUUGAUGUGGCCCUGAUCUGGCCCUGAUGUGCUUUGGUUGAGUUUUGGCUGACUAACCCUAGAGACCAAAGAGCAGCCCAUACUCUGGACAACAUGUGCUCUAUUACAUCACCAAGCACACUUCUGUGUGUUCUCUGUGUGUGUGUGUUAGUCCAGUCAUGUGUAUCUGUGUGUGUGCAUGUGUCAUUCGUGUGUCUGUGUGUUGUGUGUGUGUCAGUCAUGUGUGUUUGUGUGUGUGUGUGUUGAUAAUUCAAAUAUUCAAAUAUUUAAAUAAAACACAUGUAACCUUCCAACAGCACAUUGGUCUGAUGUUAGUUUAGUUAAACCUAGCAAUUGUUAUCUGUUUUUACCUGAAAAAUCUAUUUUUGUAAAAUAUGUGUACAUUUGUAAUUAUAUACUGAAUAUUUCACUGAAAAUUGACUUAUAUUUAAUAUUUACAUUUUAAUUUCAUGUUGACCUGUAUUAAAUAUUUACAUUUAAA